ACAUCUUUGACAACUCGAUAGUUCAUCCUUUCUUGUUUGUUAUUGUUAUGGAAAUUGCCGUAAGUCAAUCAGCAAGUUUAGUUGGACGGUAAUUUGAAAAGUAGCAAACCGAUCCAGGCAAACUUCCGCAAACCAAUAUCGAAACUCGGACUGUGGAGAAUGGACCUUUUCUUCGACCCAACUGGCCGCAUUUUACCUUUUCUAAAACCUAGCCGAUACCUCAAUUCACUGAAUAUGGACAAUUCGUGGCCGCCUUACAUAAGCUAUUCCCCGGAAAUUACGGAACUACCUUCAGUUACAAAGUGGCCGCCUCAAUCGACCUUAUUGGGCGCCAAUCAGUUCAUUCAGGGACAAAUCGCACUGCUGACCCAACACCGGACUACGGCCUGGACACCUAGCUUAAGUCAAGCCCACCAACUUUCACCAGAACGUCUAGAGAAAAUAGUUGAGAACGCAACACAAUUGCAGCGAUUCACCGUUCGCCGAUCGCUGAAGAACGAUGCACUGUGCAGAAAAAAAAAUUUCUAACCCACAUAACGACGUAUCCUCGGUAGUGACUCGGAAACGGUAUCUCUGUUCCUUCCAUAGCGAAUCCCUUCCUAGUUGCUAUGUGUAAUUUAUUGUUUAUCAACUUAGAAUAGUGACAAUCCAGGUAUGUUAUGUAUAAGAAAAUUCUUGACUAUGAAGGUAUAAGAGUAGUCAAUCU